GUCGUCAUACUGACUGAAGUGAACGUGGAGAGCAACAUUCUCGCCGUCUCCGACAACAUGUUCGUCCACAACAACUCCAAACACGGCCGACGCACCAAACGGGUUGACCCGGGAGAAGGUUUGUAUUUUUCAGCGCCAUUCGCCGCCGCCCCCUGCAUCAAGGCGCUCAGUCCGAGUGAGGGCUGGACGAGUGGCGGGACCAGUGUCGUCCUCCUCGGCGACAACUUCUUUGACGGCCUCCAGGUCGUCUUUGGCAAUGUCACCGUCUGGGCGGAGCUUCUCACCUCACACGCCAUCAAGGUGCAGACGCCGCCGCGGAAUGUACCCGGCGUCGUCGAGGUGACGCUCAGCUACAAGUCGAAGCAAUUCUGCAAGAGUGCACCGGGCCGAUUUGUUUAUGUUUCUCUAAACGAGCCGACCAUCGACCACGGCUUCACCCGCCUCUCCAAGCUCAUUCCCCGGCACCCGGGCGAUCCGGAGAAGUUGUCGAAGGAGCUAAUCCUGAAGCGAGCCGCCGACCUCGCCGAGGUCUUCUACAGCGGCAUGCCGCGGAACACGCCCUGCUCGCUGCCGCCCCCUCGGUCGCCGGCCGCCGCCAGCAUGGCCGCCUCGAUGGCCGCCUCAGCCAUGUCGGGCUUCAACGCCGCCUACGCGGCCAGUGCAG